AUGUCUACUUCAACUCCGUCUGGCAGAGCUCGUCUUCGUGAUGUUUUGCCUCAACUUCAGCUGGGCAAGUGGCCAACGGGCGAGCUCAACUCCAUCACUGAUGUCCCCGGUGUGCUCGUUCAUACUCAGUCCAUCAGACCCGACGCCGACGUCAACACGGGUGUCACGACUAUUCUUCCUCGUCCCGACUGGUUCAAGUACUCGUCACAUGCCGGGAUCUUCAGGUUCAAUGGAUGUGGUGAACUGACAGGUUCCCACUGGAUCGAGGAAACAGGGUUGCUCACGUCGCCCAUCGUCCUCACCACCACGUCCGCCAUCGGCGAUGGCCACCGCGGCAUCUUGGAAUAUGCAUUCCGCUACCACGCCAAUGACGAAGGCGAGAUGGGCCUGUUCAUAUUUCCAGUCGUCACAGAGACGUUUGACGGCUUUCUGAGCGACCAGAGCCGUUUUGCGGUGACACCGGAGCACAUUGUGACUGGGAUUCUGAAUGCGAGCUCUGAGCGUGUUCCAGAGGGAAACACAGGCGGUGGCACCGGGAUGAUCUGUCACCGGUUCAAGGGCGGCACAGGGUCAAGCAGUCGAGUCGUGCAGGGGUUUGACGCAGCCGGGGAUCCCAAGGCAUAUACUGUAGGUGUGCUUGUCCAGGCCAACUAUGGCUCGCAGGAGAACCUGCACAUUGGGGGAGUUCCAAUCGGUCGAAUCAUCAAGUCAAAAAAGGCAUCUGGCACAGUGCCACCCGAAGAUACCACGGCAAAGGAGGCUCGAAAAGACGGCAGUAUCAUCGUCGUCAUCGCGACGGACGUCCCUCUGCUUCCCAUCCAGCUCCAGCGUGUGGCCAAACGGGCCACUGUCGGGCUCGCUAAGGUGGGUGGCUAUGGCAACAACACAUCGGGCGACAUAUUCCUGGCCUUCUCAACCGCAUCCAAGAUACCAUUCCAGGAGGUGUCCAUGGCACCCGGAACAUCACUCGUCAAGGACCCGUACCGACCUAGGCCCAGAGCUAUAGAAAUGCUCGAUGACGACUCGAUCAACGGGGUUUUUGAGGCUGCAGCAGACGCCACAGAGGAAGCCAUCUACAAUGCAAUGUGCAUGGCAGAGUCGACGACGGGGUUCAAAGGGAGGACUGUGGAAGCUUUGGACCUUGAUAUGGUCAAGGACAUUGUAGGGAGGCGCCUUGAUGUGUUGUAA